GCAACAAUGAUUCGCUGGACGAUAUGCAGUUGGUUGUGUGUUCAGUGGACUUUGCCGUUUUAGGCCUCCAGGGGUGCAUUUCUAGCGGCUAACUUACACCGCAGGGCCGUGCCGCAGGGGCUGAGACAGCCCUGUGGUCAAGCUUAUUAAUAGGCUAUAUCUCGCCUGGAUCUCGUCCCGUCAGCCAGGUCAGCUUCAUCACGAAGUCCAAAUUUCACAAUCAUGGCUCGGCCGUCGCGAUUUAUUCUGGUGACGAGCGUCCUCAUAGCGGGAUUUACAUUCUGGCAUCUGCUGGUGCUGCCGGCGCCGAGGGUCAAGUUUGUGCCCAGCUCUUUCGAUUGGUCGACACCCCGGCCAUUCUUCCCUCCACCCUCAAUCAAGGCACUGCCGGCUGGCCGGACAAAGCAGUUCCCCCGCGUACAAGCAGACGCGAGCAAGUUCAAACACUCACAGACGGCAGAGAUUCGGCAGAAGGCGGUGCGCGAUGAAUUCCUCCGCAGCUAUCGCUCGUACCAAAAGUUUGCGUGGAUGAGGGAUGAAUUGGAGCCCCUUGCAGCAACGGGCAAGGACAACUUUGGCGGCUGGGCGGCCACCCUGGUCGACUCCCUUGACACGCUCUGGAUCAUGGGCCUCAAGAAGGAAUUCCACGAGGCUGCCCAGGCCGUUGCGUCUCUGAACUGGGGCGACGUCCACGUCGGCGCCGUCAAUCUGUUCGAGACAACCAUCCGCCAUCUCGGCGGCAUCCUGUCAGCCUACGACCUCAGCGGCGAGCAAGCGCUGCUCCAGAAGGCCGUGGAGCUGGGCAACAUGCUGUACGUUGCCUUUGACACGCCCAACCGCCUCCCCGGCUUCUGGCUCAACUUUGCCGACGCCCAGCACGGCAAGCAGAUCGCUGGCGUCCACGACCCGUCUGCGUCGCCGGGCUCGCUGUGCAUGGAAUUCACCCACCUGUCGCAGCUGACGGGGGAUGCCAAGUUCUACGACGCCACGGACCGCGUCACGCAGUUCCUGGCGCGGAUCCAGAACAAGACCAUGCUCCCGGGCAUGUGGCCGGUUGCUCUGGACUUUCUGAAUGAGCAGGCCAACGACAAUACCUUUUCGCUGGGCGCCCUGGCUGAUUCGCUGUACGAGUACCUGCCUAAGAUGCAUGCGUUGCUCGGCGGCUUAGACCCGACUUAUGAGAUGUUGUAUCGUACUUCUAUGGACGUCGUGGCCAAGAAUCUGCUGUUCCGGCCUAUGCUGGCUGACAAGGCUGACGUCUUGUUCGCUGGUGACAUUCACUUCAAUGAGCAUGUUGAGUUUGUCACUGAAAGCCAGCACCUGUCAUGCUUCGUCGGAGGCAUGUUUGCCCUUGGCGGCCGGCUAACUGACAACAACGAACAUGUCAACCUCGGAGAAAGACUCGCUCGCGGGUGCGGCUGGGCUUACAGUGCAUUUGCGUCAGGCAUUAUGCCAGAAAUAUUUAAUCUGAUUCCGUGCCCGACCCUCGACGCGUGCGAGUUCGACGAAGAGCGCUGGAAGCGCGAGGGCGACCAACGACUGACCAAGGGCUUCCGGCACGCGCGUGACGCGCGAUACCUCCUCCGGCCAGAGGCCAUCGAGAGCAUUUUUAUCAUGUACCGCAUCACUGGCAACCCAGAAUGGCAGGACAUGGCGUGGAAUAUGUUCCAGGCAAUCAUCAGGGAGACGACGACGGAACACGCCAAUGCGGCCAUCGAGGACGUGACGAGACAGGGUUCAGCAAAGACUGACUCAAUGGAGAGCUUCUGGCUUUCUGAGACACUCAAGUAUUUUUACCUCAUCUUCUCACCGCCAGACCUGAUCAGUCUGGACGAGUUUGUACUUAACACUGAAGCACACCCAUUCCGAAGGCCAAGGUCAUGACAGAGCAUCUCGACCGGCUGAGGAUGGAGAGCAGUAAUGGAAACUACCUUAGAAUAAUAGAAAUCUAUCAUUGAAUGAACAAUGACU